AUGGCGAUGGCGACGGUGCGGCGCCGUGCGGUGUGGGCCCUGGCGGUGCUUGCGGUGCUGUGCGGCUGCUGCUUCUCCGUGUGCGGGGCGACGUCGCCCAAUGAGGAGGUGGAGGUGAUGGUGCAGGUGGAUGUGUCAUGUCUAGGCAUUGAAGGAAAAUUAAGUUGGCGUGUUUCUGGCAAGAGUGAUUCUGAAUGGACGGAGUGCUCGAAGCCGGUGAAUUAUGAUGGGUCCCCUAAGGCCGAGACGGCCGGUGCAAUCAGCAGCGACAGCGACUCCAUUUGUUCCCUUGCCGGAUCCAAGUUCGAGCAAUACAGCUGCAACCCGACCUGCAAUUGCUCAGCAGUGGAGAACAGUAAGAAAGUGGCGUUCACGAUGGAUUUGGUAGCAGACAACAGUGAAACCUCCGAGGUGUUUGACCAAAUCGUUACUCUCAACGGAACUCAUUACAAACUAAGUGGCAUUUUAGACACAUGUGAGGUACCAGAUUCCACUCCACCCGCAGAUGAAAGAACGGUUGGGGAACCGACUUCAGGAGAGCAGUCAAUACAAACACCACCAGCAGCACUACAAACACAACCACAAACACAACCACAACCACAACCACAACCACAAACAAAAACAUCACAAUCAUCACAAACGCAAACACCACAACCACAAACACAAACAGAAACAUCACAACCACCACAAACACUAACGGAAACACCAGAAACAUCACAAACAUCACCAGCAGCACCAGAAGUGUCAUCUUCGGUGGCAACUCAGCAGGACGGCACUUCGGCAAGCGGCAGUGAGGUUACUGAAACCCCUGCUGCUCCUGCUGCUGAGCAAUCAGUCAGCACGGACUCCACAGAGCCUCAGGGAACAUUCCCACCACCGAAUGACGCUGAGGAUCCAUCAAAAGCCACAGGAGACAGCGGGGCAGAUGGACACGGUGGGACGCAAGCACCCUCAACCUCUGCAGAGCCAUCCGGCACGUCCGCUUCCAACACUCCCGCAGGCAGCGAUGGUGAAAGCGCCACUACAGCCACGACCAGCAGCAGCCCCAGUGGUGGGAAACACACAGAAGGCAACGCGGACGGCAGCGGCACGCCCACUGUGUGGGUGCGUGGCACGCUGCUGCUGCUGCUGACGGCCGCCCUUGCCUGUGCUGCUGGGGAGUGA